UCGAACUUUUAAGAUCUCGUUGUGAGCUGUGAUCAGGCGGUGGGAAUCUCGGCGGUGAAUGAAGAAUCAUGGUGAUAAAUGUUAGUAUUUUUAAACCAGUUAGCGUUUGGUUCGAUUAAUUUUGCAAGAACAUAUUUUCAAACCGUGUUUGGUGCUAGUUUUCUUCUUCCAUUUGAUAAAACUAGAUUGAAUUGAAUUAAACGUUUCGUUCACUUGAAAAAUGACAUUUUUUCACUACAAACAAUGGCAGCCGUCGGCGAUCUAUGUUCUAGUGAUUGUUGCCGUAACGACGGCGGCACUGCAGGAGUCCGCUUUGGAACAGGCUAGACUGCACCGUGAGAAUUUGGUUAAAAAGUAUUUGAAGAAGCUGAAAAAGGAGGAAGGAGCCAUCAAAUUGGUUGGAGGUCGAGGCGAUUUCGAGGGCAAUAUAGAAAUUUUUCACGACGGUAGAUGGGGUGCCGUCUGCGAUGACGAGUGGGACUUGAGUGAGGCGGAAGUUGUAUGCCGGCAGCUAGGCUUCCCGGGUUAUGUCAAAGCCACCCACAGCGGACAGUUUGGCAAGGCAAAGCGAAAGUACUGGAUGGAUAACAUUUUCUGUGGCGGAAAGGAAAGCGAACUGGCUUUGUGUCACUUUGAUGGUUGGGGUCACCAAGAUUGUGAUCCCAGUGAGGCUGCCGGAGUGAUCUGCAAGAAUAAUGAUGAACCAGCGACGACGGCAAAACCAGUUCCGGUAGUGUACAAACCGAAAAAAGUUCCACUAGCGACAGAACUAGAGGUACGGCUGGUGGGCGGAAGGAUUCCUAACGAGGGCAGAGUGGAGGUUCGAGUUGUUGGCAACGGUGCCGGUCCAUGGGGCACAAUUUGUGCUGAUGGAUGGUCAUUGCUGGAGGGAAACGUCGUAUGUCGGCAGCUGGGAAUGGGCUAUGCAAACGAUGCUAUUCAAACGGAUUUUUUCGGCGGCUCAAACCAAAGUGAAAUACUGCUCAGUGGUACGGAAUGCUAUGGCAACGAGACCAGCCUGGCCGAAUGUUCGCACCAUCAGCUCGGGGCGGCCAACGUGUGCAGCGAACUUGGGAACCACGUGGCGGCGGUGACUUGUGUGAUGAAGAUGGCUGAUUUAGCAUUUGAUCACGCGGAAAUGGAGCAGUCGCUGCACCUGGAGGACAGAUUGAUGUAUUUGUUGCAGUGUGCCAUGGAGGAGAACUGUGUUUCCUCGCAGGCGUACGACAUCCAGAGAGACAACCCGAACUGGCACCUCGAGAGCAGAAGGUUGCUUAAAUUUACGGCGCGGGUUUUGAAUACGGGGACGGCCGAUUUCAGACCUCACAUUCCGAAGCACCUGUGGGAGUGGCAUCUUUGUCAUAUGCACUACCACAGCAUGGAAGUAUUUGCUACGUUUGACAUAUUCGAUCAGAACGGGAAAAAAGUAGCCGAAGGUCAUAAGGCAUCAUUCUGUUUGGAGGAUAAUCAGUGUCUUCCCGGAACCGAACCCAAGUAUGCUUGUGCGAAUUAUGGAGACCAAGGAAUAUCCGUCAACUGUGCCGACAUCUACCGGCACAAUAUCGACUGCCAGUGGGUGGACAUAAGCGAACUGGAUUUCGGUCAGUACACCCUGCGAAUCGCCGUUAAUCCCGAGUUUAAAGUGCCGGAAAUUAGCUACGACAACAAUGCGGCCGUUUGUUCGCUUCUCUACACGGAAACCUACGCCCGGGCUUACGACUGUAAAAUAGUGCGACCCUAAUGGAAGCUGGUACAGACGCAGCCAGCAACCCUAGACUGACGAUAUGGCAUUCAAAUGAAAGAAAGUUAAUAAAAAACUAUGUCGCUGCUUUUAAGUUAAAUCGAGUGUAAAACUACUUGUGGUGGUAGCAAUUCGGUUUGCUCAUCCCGGCGGGGCUGCGAGGAACAAUGGGAUAGGAAUUAUUUAGCAUUUUCCGAAACCAUAACGGUUGGGUCCGGUUGAAGUUGAUGCAGUUAUAAAACAUUAACAAUAUGCAAAGAACUCGAGCGAUGCCCGGAAUAGUAUUUAGCAAUUAAAUUUAACUCGCUGUUACUCUGCCAGUUAUGAUGGAAUGGGUCAUGGACUUCAAAGUUUUAGUUUGGCUUAGAAGUAUUUUGAAAAGUCAUCAGUUAAUUUCUCGAUAAACCGACAAAGUGAUUAAUAUUCCUUUCGGCAAAUAACUUUCGACGUCGUUAGUUCGUCGUUCGAGAGAAAGAUCCUUAUCUGCUAGUGUCUGCCAACGAGAGACGGCUUGCGUGAGGACACCGAAAAUGCGCCAGCUCACCUGUUAUGGUAAAUUUACUCGAUGAGUUCGAUAGUUGAUGAAGGUGAUAGUUUUAUGCUAAAGGUCAAUAUAUUUCGUUUACCUUCGUCAAUGUGAAAGUUACAGGCUGCCAUCGAUAGCAGAAAGGAUAGCUAGUGCCUGGCUAUGGAUUCUGUCGGAUCAGAACGACAAAAGUCACAUCAUUAUCAGGUGCCUUCAGCAGCUAUGGUAAUACAAUUAUUUUUUGAUGAAAGAUAAGUUUUCGUGAUGUUACGUGGAUACUGUCUCUGAGUCUGGUUUUGUUCUAAAUUGUGACGAUAACGGCCAUCGCUCAAAAUGUUUUGUAAAGGAUGUUAUAAAUUAAUACAUACUAAUAC